GACAGAACCACUAAUAAAAUUUUACGAUCACAUGGAGCAAGCAAUAACUUAUCGCUUGCAGAAUCUAAAAAAACUGGAAAUAUAAUGAACAUCAAUCAAAUAUAUCAUCACCGGGCAGUUAGUACAGAGAGAAAUGACAACUUACCUAAUUGGCUGCUAAACAGUACGAAGAAAAGAUUGAUCGAAUCAAGUAAAUCAAGGGAAAUACCAAAGAAAAAUAACAUAAAUCAAUGUACGUCAAAUAGAAAUGUUAGCAGAAAUUCAAAAAGACGGCAUCAGACUUAUGCAGUUAAUUUAUGUUUAUGUGAAAGAGAAAAAAAUGAAAAAGCGCUGGCUCUAUUAUCUACAAAUCAAAUCAAUGAACCGAAUUUUGUACGAGAGGAAAAUAUUAUCUGUGAAAUCGACCCAGAUAAAAUUACUUCAUCAUUUGUCUGUAAAAAUACAUUACCUUUUGUAAUACCGAAUUUAGCAGAAAACCCUAUAGAAAUACAUCAAAGACAAAUGAAUAAGCCUUUUGAAAUGAAUUGCUCUUGUAGGGAAUGUAAAUGUUUGAACAAAGCACCUUCAAGUACUUCGCUUAAUAAGUUACUAGAUAUCUUUAGACAUGAAGAAUUUAAAACAGCUGAAUUUGUUAAUAAUGAGAGUUUAAAAAAUUUAAUAAGUGAAUACGAUUAUGGCGUAAAAUUACAUAAAGAUAUAUUUACAAGUACCAUUGACGAAGUAAAAUCUAUGGAACCUGAAUCAAAGUUAAUUGAUACUAUUAAUCCUGAUAUUGAUUCAUUCAUUAAAUAUCCCAGCAUUUCUCUACAAAUUAAUAGUUUGGAAGAUGAAACUAGUGGUAGAAAUAAAGUAAUCUGCAAAGACAUUAAUUUGUGUAAUGAUGGUGACCAUGAAAAAACUAUACAAAGCAGGAGCAAGGAAAACAUAAAUAUGACAAAAAUUACAAUAAAUCAACAAGAUUGUCAAAUUCCUGAUAAAAGUUACAAGUGUAUAAAUGCAGAAUCAAAAUUUUGUAACACACAAACUAGCGUGCAAAGUUUUAUUUCGCGCCAGAAUGAACAUAAUGUUAAUUUAAUAUCAAAGUCCAAUCAAAUAGCAGAAUCAUCUGAAACCUCAUUUUAUUCUGUUUGUCCUGUAGAAUUUUUAGGAGUUACGUUAACUAAUAAUGAAAGUAACAAUGUUAGUACUAGUACUUAUUCUAAAAAUCAACUUGUGAAGAAAGGUACUUUUCCUCACUUAAUGUCAUCAACCUAUUGUCAAUACACAGAGUUGGACAUAAAACAAAGCUCGAACAGUAAACAUUAUGAUAGUUUUUUACAAAAUAAUGACGUAAUUUUGAGCAAAAAUCUUAACUGUAUCUGUUGCAAUAAAGUUGACGAAAGCGAUGAUUUAGAAUUAAAUACUUUUGAAUUGUUAACGGAAUAUUUGCAGAAAAAGCUAGAAGAUUUUAAAUUAACUUCAUACAAAACUUCUAAUAUGCUACCUUAUGAGGAAGACGUUUUGUAUAAUGACAUAAUAAAGAAAGUGAAGAAAUUAAUUUUAGACAUGAAUGACGAAGUUCUAUGUACCUGUUUGAAAGAUAAUCAGAAUGAUAAUAUAGACGCCAGCUGGAAACGCGCUUCUUGUCUUUUGCAAGAAUACUUACGAAAUAAAAUUAAGCGAAUUACAUGUUCUUGUACUGUAACAAUUAAAAACUCUAGCUCUGUAUUACCCGGGAUAUUAGAUAAAGUUUGCCAAUUAAUUGAAGAUGAUUUUAAAAAAUUGAAACACGCUUAUAUUGAAAGAAGCGUAUUCAAUAUAGAUAAACAUAAUUUUAGAGAAAAUUCAAACCAGAACGACAAAAAACAAUCAAUAAAUGAAAUUCUUACAAAAGAUAUUGCUAAUGAUACAAGUCAGAUGCUUAUUUCUAUUUGUAACAUGCCUCAUAAAAUGAGCACAUUUCAUAGUACCGAAAAAGCUAGUGUUUUAUUAACUGACACUGAAGAAUUAAAAACGAACGAGAUAGAGAGUUCCGAAUUAUUACAAUUCGAAGUAAAAACCGGGCAGAACAGUUUAUUAACACCAGAAAACGCCAAUAAAGAAAACUCUUUUUUUUGUGAAUGCUCAGAUUUGAGAUGUAAGAACUUAACAAGUCAAUUGACCUCCACAUUCAGUUUGCAGAAAAAUUUGGAUGGGAAAGUACUUUUAUCCAUUGCUCCUGAGACUAAAGAAAAUAAUAAUUUUGAAGAAGUCAGACACAGUCUUUCUAUACCUUACAUUGGUUAUACUUUAGAUUGUACCUGUGAUAAAAUGUUAGGUCCAUGUGUAUGUGCAAAAUCUGCAUUGGCCAAAAAUAAAAAUAUUUAUGAUGAUAUUUGGAAAGUUAAGGAAAAUAUAAAUACAUCCUAUAUAAUGCAAGGUGCUAUUGGCGAACACUCAAAUACGAUUCCUGUUAAAAUUGUUGACUACGAUGAUCAUAAUUUGGUUAAAAAAAAUAGCUGUAUAUGUGAAAAAGUAAUAGACGCGAAUCUAAAUAAAGAUGAAAUUAGGUUAAAAAUAUCUACUCACAAUUUAGAACCAGGUAUACAUAAUUCUACAAAUACAUCUCGCACCUUCGAUGACGUCGACUAUUCAAGUUACAAUGACUGGGACGAUUGUGAAUCUUAUUACAGUCAAAAUAUUAACGAAGCAUCUACGAAUAAAAGCAAGCUUUAUGACUCAUUAAACUUGCCUAUAGACUACCUUUCGAAUCGUGAAAAAAGUAAAGCUCUAUUGAAUAGCGAUGAUGUUUUAUUGCGUGGCGUUAGAUCAGUCAACUGUGAUUGUGAACUGGUGCCAAUAUGUCAUGUCAAAAUGUUGAUAGAUAACAUUGAACGUAAAUUAGAGAACUGCAAAUGUACCUGUGACUCAUUAUGCCCUAAUGUCUGCCCGGUGCAUAAUGAAACUGUGUCAUUUUGAAACUAGGUUUUGUCAGUUUUCAUUAAAUUGAACUGUGGCAUUAAACAUUUUAUUUCUAACUA